UUCCCAUCGUUCUUCUAGAAUCUAGUCUAGAGCCUUCCUUUCCCUACAGUUGGCGUUCUGUCCGCCCGUAUCUUGAAGGACCGCGUUUAGGGACCGUUCGAUAUCCGAUAUCGCCGAUUCUUUCGCCUCGUCCGUUUGAUCCGUCUUCGCCCGAUUUCGUUCACGUCCACUCCGCCAUUCCGUUCGGUUCCUAUUCGCGUCCUUUGCGGCGGAUCUGACGCCGGCUUUAGGGUUAUCGAUCCCUCUAGCGGUAGAUUUUAGGGUUCGCGAUCUUUUCAGAUCCGGAUUGGAUUCGCGAUCUUUGGAUUGGAUUCGCGAUUCCACCGUUCUCUUGUGCUGUGAGCACAUCUGACGCGAAGCGGGUAACCUGGUUUUCGCCACCAUGAGCUCAUCUGCGACAUCUGUGCUGACGAACGUCGCCAGGCUCGCGAUCACGCUUGGCGUGGGUGGCAGCCUGCUUAACGCGUCACUCUAUACGGUGGACGGCGGGCAUCGCGCGGUGCUGUUCGAAUCGGUUCCGCGGAGUGUUGGAGGAAACGCAGGGCGAGGGCACGCACUUCCUCAUCCCCUGGCUGCAGAAGCCCUACAUCUUCGACGUGCGCACUCGCCCCCGCUCAAUCACUUCCGUUACAGGAACAAAAGACCUCCAGAUGGUGAAUCUGACGCUGGCGAGUGCUGUCGAAGCCAGAGACCACCCACCUGCCCCACCAUAUUCAAGACUCUUGGCACGGACUACGACGAGAGGGUGCUUCCGUCUAUUGGCAACGAAGUUCUUAAAGCUGUUGUGGCUCAAUUCAAUGCGGAUCAGCUACUCACGGAGCGUCCAUAUGUGAGUACAGUGCAUCUUAUAUUGAGGGUAGCUUGUACAGAGGACAGUUUUUCUGGAUUCUUGUAUACAGUAUAGCUUGUUACGGACAGCUGGUUAACAGCACAGUCUGAAAAGCGUAUGAAGGCGUGUGUUUAUAUAAGCAACUGUUAAGCGACUGUUAAGCGACUGUUAAGUUGAUUCCCUGAC